AUGAGGGCUAACUUGGAUGAAACGGCGCACUAUAAGCAGAGGCAGCAGGAGGCGGAAAGUCUACGACGAGUAGCAUUCUGUGGUGUAGCUCUGUCAACAAUAGCCUCAUUACUUUGUGCGCUUUCGGUACCAAUGUUCUACAAUUACUUGCAACAUGUACAGUCGGUGAUGCAAAAUGAAGUUGAUUUUUGCAAAUCGCGCUCCAGCAAUAUAUGGCGAGAAGUGACCCGGACACAGGUCAGUUGCAUUAUCAUUUACUGGAGCGAAAAUUCUUUUGGUCAAGGUCAAAAAGUUUCAAGUGGAGUAUCCUAG